AUGAAUGAGCCUUCACUAAUGGGUUAUCCUAACCCAAAUAUUGGUGCCGUUCAACAGAGCCAACAGAAUAAUAUACAUGGUUCAGGAACGCCCAUUCAACAGCUGCAUCUGAAUCCGAUGAUGAAUUCACAACAGAUGCCUCCUCCAGGUUUGGUCACUGGCAAUGACGCCAAUCUCGUUAGCAAUUCUCGUCAGUUGCUAGAUCAGCUAUCAGGUACUUCUAAUGCUGCUGCAGCUGCUACUAAUAACAACAACAAUAAUAAUGCUAAUAAUGCUAAUGCUCCAUUGAACCCGAAUUCCAUGACCCCAGGCGGAGUAAUCAUGAACGUCAAUGCAAAUAAUCCACUAGUUCAUCCACAUCUUGAAGACCCCUCAUUAGUUAAUCACCCAAUUUGGAAACUACAAUUACAAUUAGCAUCCGUUUCUGCACGUUCAUUAGGUCAACCAAAUGUUUAUGCAAGACAAAAUGCAAUGAAAAAAUAUUUAGCAAAUCAAAAUCAACAAGGUCCACAACAAAUGACUGACGCUUCCAUGUCAUUGGUGGACCGAACAAAACAAUUAUUAGUAGAAAUGGCCGUCGAUACCACUAGUGAAAAAGUUGCUGCUGCCAAUAAUAAUAAUGGAAGUAGUACACCUAAUUUCGUGGCUCAGGAUAUAAAUAAUGCAAAUAAUUCAAUGUUAUCAAAUUCUACAGCACCAACUACUGCUAAUCUAAGUGGAAUUUCCACUCCUAGUACGCCACAAACUGAAUUACACAACAUGAGAGAGGCCCUUUCAGGUACACCUGCGGCUCUUUUACAACACAAAAAAUUAUCACAAUACAAUAUUGAUGAGGAUGAUGAAGUCAAUUUGAAUGAUAUUAAGGACGCUACAAAAGACGCGCAAUUAUGGCAUGCCAUAGAUUUUUCAAAUUUACAAGUCAUCAAUAUCAAUGAAAAUCUUUUUAAAUACACUUUUUUGACAAGACUAUAUCUAAAUGGUAAUGGAUUAUCGCAUUUGCCAGCAGAUAUCAAAAAAUUAACAAAUUUAAGGGUAUUAGAUUUAUCGCACAAUAGAUUAACUUCAUUACCAGUUGAAUUGGGUUCUUGUUAUCAACUGAAAUAUUUAUAUUUUUUUGAUAAUUUAAUCCAAACAUUACCAUGGGAACUAGGUAAUCUCUGUAAUUUACAAUUUUUAGGUUGUGAAGGAAAUCCGUUAGAUAAACAAUUAUUAAAAAUUUUGAUGGAAAAAUCAAUGACUGGAUUAAUUUUCUACUUAAGAGACAAUAGACCUGAGGUCCCAUUACCAGCAGAUCGUAAAUUCAUUGAAAUCAAUACUGAUGGUGAACCAACGAGGGAAUUUGACUCAUUAGAAUCAGCUAAUACUGCAGUAGAAGCUGGCCUUUUGAAAAAAAGUUUUACCAUAUUAUCUUACAAUACUUUAUGUCAGCACUAUGCUACACCAAAAAUGUAUCGUUACACACCAUCAUGGGCAUUAAGGUGGGAUUAUAGACGUGAGAAAUUAAAAGAACAAAUUUUGUCCUAUGGUUGUGAUAUACUAUGUUUACAAGAAGUGGAAUCCAAAACGUAUGAAGAUUUCUGGGCUCCUCUCUUAGAGAAAAACGGUUAUACAGGAUACUUCCAUUGUAAGACAAGAGCUAAAACCAUGCAAGCUAAGGACUCUAAAAAAGUCGAUGGUUGUUGCGUCUUUUAUAAGAAAUCAAAAUUCAAAUUAAUUACAAAAGAAGCUCUUGACUUCAGCGGUGCUUGGCAAAAGCAUAAAAGAUUUCAACGUACAGAAGAUUAUUUGAACCGUGCAAUGAAUAAAGAUAACGUAGCAAUAUAUAUGAAAUUACAGCACGUACAAAGCGGUGAAUAUCUAUGGGUGGUAACAACACAUUUACAUUGGGAUCCAAAAUUCAAUGAUGUGAAAACUUUCCAAGUUGGUGUCUUAUUAGAUCAUAUGGAAUCUAUAAUAAAAGAAGAAAAUCCAAAACAAGAUGUUAAAAAAUUCCCAAUUAUAAUAACUGGUGAUUUCAAUUCAUAUUUAACUUCCGCCGUGUAUGAAUUAUUCAGUACCGGUAACGUUAAAGACCAUCCAGAUGAUGAAAUCAGAGAUUUUGGUUUCAUGUCACAGAAGAAUUUCAGCCAUCAUUUGGCCCUAGGAUCAAGUUAUGGCUGUAUUGGGGAAUUACCAUUCACUAAUUUUACUCCUUCAUUCACUAACGUCAUUGACUAUAUAUGGUACUCAACACACGUCUUACGUGUGAGAGGACUAUUAGGACCAAUCGAUGAAGAUUACGUUUCUAAAUUCAUUGGUUUCCCAAAUGAUAAAUUUCCAAGUGAUCAUUUACCAUUAAUUGCCAGAAUAGAAUUUACGAAAAAUAACACUGGUAGCAGGAAAGUAUGA